AUGCGUUCUUUUUCUGUGCCAACAGCAAUUCCAAGUUCUUGCUUACCUCAAUAUCAAGUUCAAAAUAAUUUCUCUCAGCAAAACCAGGUCUUUUUAAAUUCCAUGGCUCAACCUACAUUUAGCCUAAUGCCGGCAGUUUCUUACUCUUCUAUCCCUGUAUGCACAUCUCCAGCGUCUACAAACCCUAUACCUGGAUCCAAUAUCAUACAGUCUCAACAGCCUGUAAUAUUUUCUGCAGCUCCGGGAAACUUUUUCCUUGCCCAAUCUACACCUAUUGGUACUCCAGUUGUGGGUGCUCCAUCAUUUGUCUUUGCUCCUGGUCAGACUAAUCAAAAUGCUUUUGUGGUUGCUCACCCAUUAUCCCAGGCACCCAUCGCGGGACAAAUGGCCACUCAUACAAAUCCAGCAAAUUGUGUUAUUCGUCUUCCUGAUGGACGGUUUGUCUUACCAGCUACUGCUCCUAAUAAUUUAAAUCUUCAAUCAUCUUUAACUCGUAUUUGUGGUCCUCAGCCUAAUUACUUCCCUGUUACAGUAUCUGCACCUACUAGUGUAAAUUCAUCUACAAUACCUUCGUUGACUCCCCAAAUCGCCCAACCACCAUCAGGCCAAGCAUUCUAUAUUCAGAUGCCAACCAGUUGUGUCAGUGUUGGUAAUACAGUUUUCACUACCUCUCAACUGAAUACUAGUACUAAUUUUCAAACUCAUCCAAUGUCAACAAUGAAACCAGGACCUCAAGUAUCCUUCGCUAACUCACAGAUGAAUGCUUUAUAUGGCCAAUCCGGUACUUUUAUAACCCCUGCGACUGGAUCGAAUCAAGCUCAGUUGGCUCCUAGACCACUUGGUACUAAUUUGAAUCCUGCUUGUUCUGGAAUAAUGAUGAAUAGACCUGGAUUACUUCUCCCCACAGGCUGCAGUCCUGGAACUCCAAUAUUAGAUGCAUACACUGUACAAAAUCAAAAACUAGGUAUUGGAACGAAUACAUCACAGUACACUAGUCUUCAAGCUUUGCCAAGUGGAAUGGCCGUUGCCCGAUUGCCGAAUGGAACGUACGCUACAGUGUCGCUCAGCUCUACUGGAAUAUCAGGUUCAUCACCGAUUUUUGUAAAUAAUGCUUGUGUUCCAUCUACACUGGCUAAUCCAAAUGAUACCUCAACUGCACCAAAACGUAGUGCUCCUAAUUCACGUACCAGACCAAAGUUAACUGGUUCUCCACCUGCCGAUACAGAUGUACUACGUCGUUUAGAUGAUCAAAUAGCUUCAUUACAACGUUUGACUGCACCUACAGAAAUGCAAUUAAAUAGACUAAAGCAGCUUGUUGAAGUUAAACACCAAUUAACAAAAGUAUCUAAUAUAUCUGCCAAUCCUCCCAAUACAUUGGCUCCUCGUAGCUUGCCAACAUCUAAUGCGGUUACGAAUACUCCUGCUUGUCGAAAUCCUAGUCCUGUGUGUGCGCAGAUCACUCCAAGUGUGCGUCGUGAAGUCUUAGAUUUACUUUCUCAGCACAAAUUACUACCACAACCUAUUGGAUCUAGCAGUGAAGAAACUUUCAUAGUAGAAUUUCGUCUAAAUCAACAAAGAUAUCAACUGCGACUAACUCGCUCUCAAAAAGUUGAUAUGGAACGUUUACUUUUUACUAAUACUCCACAACGUCAGGCUGAAGUGUUAACUAUUUUUCAACAGGAACAAAGUCGUCUGCUUGCUUCAACACCACGGGCAAGACUACCAGCUCCUUCUAGUCAAAGUAGUAAUCCAGUUAUGACAACAUCUCCAGUUGUUGGGUUUAGUAUUGCUUCACAACCCUUACGAUUACAAUCUGGAAUUCCAACGUUUGCAGCUGCUCCUAUGCACACUUUUCAUGGUACAUCUGGUCUACGACUGGUUACAGCUCGGCCAGUUGUACCACCAAAUGCUAUAUCAGGACCUAUUGUUCGAUCAAAUAUUCCUCCUGUAUGUUCUUCAACUCCAGUUGUAGGUGUUGUUACUGCUUUAGCUGUACCUCCUAUUGGAACUUGUGUUAAUAAUCCUAUGUUUGCACCCGCCUUAGCUUUAAAUUCUGCUGCAGUUAAUAUUCCUACAGUUUCACCUAGUCUUUCAAUGUCCUCAGCAAUGAUGUCCACCAUAAAUGCAACAAGUGGUUUGCUAACAACAAUACCUACAACUUCAUUUAGUUCAACUGUGAAUAAUGCAGCGCAAAACUUUGUUUUAUCGAAUUCAACUUUAGUCAAUUCUACUGGUACUACAAUUCUAACUCCUAAUACUAGUGGGUUCUGUACACAGUCUGGUCCAUUCACAUUACCACCUGAAUCUAUUAAUGUUGUUAAUUCGAUACGACCCGUAGCACUGAAUAUUCAACAAGCUGCUAGAAUAGGUCGACUUCGUGCUUAUUUAACCAAUGAUCUUAGAUUAGCAGUCGACAAACCGCCAACAUUACAAACUAAUGAUCCAACAAAAUUACCAAGUCCAUUAGAACUACUUGAAGCGUUGGCACCUUAUCACGUUCUUAAUGAUGCAGAUAAUACUAAAGAAGCCUUAGAUAAAGUUGACCUAAUAUUGGAAAAAUCUGUUAAUCUACUUUUACAGAAGAAAAAAGAAACAAUUGAAGCUGUGAACUCUUUAAUUUUCAAGGAAUCAUUGUACAAACUAGAACCAUUUUUAGAAGACCGUUUACUGGUAGCUAACAUGGCUUUAGAUUUGGAACGUGAUGUAUUUACUACUGAAAAAGAAAUAUUUGCAGAAGCGUUAAAUUUUGACAAAAAAGAGAAUUGUGUUGAUAUUCAUAAUGAUGAUAAUGAUAAGAAACCAAUUAUUGUUGAGUCAGUAAAUGAGCAGUCUAUAUCAAACAAAUACAGUGAUGAUAAAAGGCAUUUGAACAAGAAAAUUACUCCCAUUUUAAAGCAUUCAGUUUCUUUGCUUCCUUCACCAUGGUGUGAUCUCUUAGGUCCUUUAGCCUAUCUACGUCCUUUAAACUUUGAUACUAAUGGUAACACAACUGUAGCUGAAAUUAAACUCCCUUCAACCGACUCAGAGUUUACAGUACACAAUGAAAAUAAUACACACGCUCAAAUACAAUCUUCUACUGAUUCUUCUUCCAAUAAUGUGAUAUUAAUUAAUUCAAUAUCUGAAUCAAAUACCGUUAACUUAGCAAAUAAUUUGCUAGUAGAAAAACACAAUGAUUAUGAUGAGGAUGUAAAUGAUGAAUCGUCGGAUGAAGCUGAAGCUGAUCGACUACUUGGUCUUGGUGGUGGUGGUUGUAGUAGUAAUAGUAGUGGUAUUCCAGCUUUAAUUAUUAAUCGGUCAAAAUUAUUGGAUAACAAUUCUACAAAUGGUCUACUCGACAAUAAUAAUAAUCAUCAAUCUACUGGAGGUAUUAGAAAUCAUUCGGAAUGCGAUGGGGGUGGUGGUGAUAGUGACGAUGGAGAAUUCGAUGAAGCUUAUGCAUUUUGGCAAGAAUUAAUGCAUGAUAGAAGUAUCAAUAUUGAGGAUAUGAGUGCCGGUCUAAUAGAGAAUAAUUUUGAUAAUGAAUCUAAUUUAUUGGAUGAACCACCUAAUAAAUCAUUACGUUUACUUGACAAUGGACAAACUCAUAGCUUACCAACAGUUCAACACUCUGAAGAUCCAGAUAUUGAUGCAGCAAUUCGAAGUAUUCUAUCGACUACUGAUUAA